AUGACUGGAAAGACAUUUUCUGCGUUCCUGAUCGUCCUCAGCUUAGUAGUAGCCACAACAUCCCAGCCCUUGGUUACGGUGCAGCAGGGUGUAAUCCACGGCACAACCCAGAUCUUCAUAGAAGACAAGUUCACCGGAGCAGGAGGCACGAAGGUGGAUGUCUUCAAGGGGAUACCGUUUGCUGAGCCGCCUCUCGGUGAGCUGCGCUUCAAGCCUCCGGUAGAGAAGAUGGCGUGGAAUGGGAUAUAUGAUGCAACCUACUUCAGGCCUGCUUGUCUUCAAGAUCGUAACGUCGGGUUGAGUUUGGUGAUAAACGAAGACUGUCUUUAUCUCAAUGUCUUCGCACCCAAUCAACGGAUGGCUGGGGGAGCUGCUGUUAUGGUCUGGAUCCAUGGCGGUGGAUUCACGUUUGGGUCUGCAAGAGAAUCCAUCUAUAAUGGGCUGCCAUUGGCUGCUGUGGGUGACGUCAUUGUAGUUACCGUCAACUAUCGCUUAGGCGUCUUCGGAUUUCUGUCAACAGAUGACGAAGCAUCGCCAGGCAAUGUGGCACUGUGGGAUAAUGUCAUGGCUUUGAAGUGGGUCCAACAGAACAUAGAAGCUUUCGGCGGCAACAAGCAGCGGGUCACGAUCUUCGGUGAGGGUGCUGGAGCAGAAAUGGUCGGAUUCCUCGUGCUGUCCGACAUGGCUAAGGGGUUGUUCAGUCAAGCAAUUAUAGAGAGUAAAGGGCCAAUUUCGCCAGAUGUUGGGCCAUUAACCGAAGAAGGUUACAAGGUGCUCCGCGAGAGGGCCUUCCAGUUGGGCGAGACUGUUGGAUGCAGUACCUCGGACAGCGCAGCUCUGAUAACCUGUCUGCAAGACGUAGACGGCAAUGAUCUUAUACAGGCUCAAUUAACGAUUUAUGAACGGAUUUAUCCUGUCGUUGACGGUACAUUCAUGACCAUGACCCCGUUGGAAGCGUACGCUUCUGGAACAUACAACCACGUGCCGAUGCUCAUAGGCUCAAAUGCUGACGAGGGAACGUUUUUCUUUGCGUUCAAUCCCAUGUUUGCCGAGUACCUGACUCAACCAGACCCGCCCUUUGUCAACAAGGCAUUGUUUGAUGCAUUCCUUGUGAGCUCCUUCAAGACAUUCGCUGUCGGUGAAGGAGCAGUGUUAAAUGCCACCAAAAUGAGGUACAUUGACUGGUCGCAAGCCGAGUACGAAGACGCGGAUUACUACCCCUCACUUGUGCAGUUAGCAGGUGACUUGUUCUUCACAUGCACCGUCGACACAACCGCCCGACAUCAUUCGUCAAAGAAUGAAGUGUACCGCUACUUGAUGACACACGUUCCGACCGUGUCCUACUAUAAGUAUCGCAAAGAUCAGCCGGGACCUCGCUGGAUCGGGGCGGGUCACGCGGAAGAACUUGCGUUCGUCUUCGGUGGGGCGUUCGCGCCAGGGAGCCCCUGGGCUUAUCUAACAGACGAUGAAAAAGUACUCUCUGUCAAAUUCAUGAAAUUGUGGACUAAUUUUGCCAAGAGUGGUGAUCCAAGCAAGGAGUCCCCGAAUUCUCCGCCGAUUUCAGAGUACAUCUGGCCCGUGUUCAGCCCCGCUGGUUUGGAGUACAAGGUGCUAGACCUGAUCCUAUCCACGAGCCGAGCUUUCAGGAGUGACCAAUGUUACUUCUGGAAUAAUUACGUGGAGGAUCUUCGGGCAAUGUUGGAUGAUCAGAAUUGUGUCGUCAGUGGCGGACCCAGCCAGUGGGCAAGUGGACAACUUAUCAUCAUCGCGACAUUCAUUUUCCAGUUUUUGUUUUAAUGUGUUUUGUUAAGAUGAUGUAUAAUUAAUAUUUAUUCCAGAGUUGUAGAAAUGUAUUAUUUAUUGGUGGAAUGUAAAACUGUAUUACAUAAUAUCGGUUUUCUUGUUAAAGAAAAUAGUGGCUGGAACGAUGUCUUAAACCUUUUCAACUAUUCAAGGGGCGAGCAGUUUAACCCAAUUGGGGUGAGCAGUUUAGAUAUGCAAAUUAGAAUGAACAAUCGUUAAAAAUUCGGAGAGCGGAAAGUAAUAGAAUUUACGGUAUGCAUCGGGUGUGCCUGGAAUGUUCGUCCCCAUAUAAAAUGGAUCGUCGAGCUUUGGGGUGUGCCUUUCAUCCCAUACCAUCGGACGGAGAGGACCGUGAGUUUCACGACUGUGCCCACUGCCGGCUGUUGGGGAGUUUUCCCCGGGGCACGCACCUGAAGACCAAGACCGGGAGUCUGCUGUCUGAUGAUCUCCCCCUGAAUGUCGCUCGUCGACUGGACAGCAGAUUGGAGCUUCAAGGAAGUUUGGAGUUUGCACCGCUAGGGUGCUGCCUGGUUUGGGUUUGGCGACUUCGUCGGACAAGAGACUUGGGUCUGAGUUACCGGACCCUGACGUCACUUCACGGGGGUACUGAUCCGACGUGCGUGAACUCACGAGUACGGCGUACUGACUGUACUAGCUGCCUAAUUAGGGCCCUGUCACACUUUUGCGUAUCCUAAUUCCUUAUGAGUUGCGCAUUGACAUAUUUUUCAUACGC